AUGGCCGCAAUGACCGGACCGCUGGCCUUCGGUCUCGUGGCCGCUUUCGGAGUGGCCAUUGGCAGUUUUCUCAACGUCUGCGUCUAUCGUUUGCCCCGCGGCGAAUCGAUAGUCAGCCCGCCGUCCAGGUGUCCAUCCUGUGGUCAGGGUCUGCGUUGGUUCGACAACGUGCCGGUGUGGAGCUGGAUACGGCUCGGCGGGCGAUGCCGGACCUGUCGGGCGACAAUAUCGCCGGUUUAUCCGUUCGUCGAAGCGGUCACGGGGACAUUGUUUCUGCUGCAGUAUUGGCAACUCGGGUGGCAGCCACUGCUGGGAAUUCGACUGCUGUUCGUUGCCGCCAUGAUCGUGCUGUUCGUAAUCGACCUGCAGCAUCGAAUCCUGCCUGACGUCAUCACCCUGCCAGGCAUCGUGAUCGGUCUGGCCGCCAGUAUGUUCCUGGAACCGGGCUGGCAGGCGGCGCUCUCGGAGUCGCCGCCGGGGGAGGUGCUGUGGGCCGUGGGCGAGGCCUACUUCCGGGUUCGCGGCGAGGAGGGCAUGGGUGUCGGCGAUGUGAAGAUGCUCGCGAUGAUCGGCGCGUUUCUUGGAUGGCAACUCACGCUCGUGACCCUGCUGUUCGCGUCGCUGACCGGGUCUGCCGUGGGCGUCGGGAUGGUGAUGUUCGACCGGCGCCACAUGAAAUACCAGCUCCCGCUCGGUUCGUUUCUGGCCGCGGGCGCUGUGGUUGCGGCGCAUUUCGGGCAGUCGCUGAUCGCGUGGUACGUUGGGUUGUUCUCGUAG